ACUGGGACGGUCCCGGCCUCCGGCCCUGUACCCGGGCCUGGCCCAGCAGGGAAAGGGGGCGGCGGCGGAGGAAGCCCCGGGCCCGCGGCCGGCCCGGAGCCCCUGAGCCUGCCCGGGAUCCUGCACUUUAUCCAGCACGAGUGGGCGCGCUUCGAGGCCGAGAAGGCUCGCUGGGAGGCUGAGCGCGCCGAGCUGCAGGCUCAGGUGGCCUUCCUCCAGGGAGAACGGAAGGGGCAAGAGAAUCUAAAGACAGACCUGGUGCGGCGGAUCAAGAUGUUAGAGUAUGCACUGAAGCAGGAAAGGGCCAAAUACCAUAAACUGAAGUUCGGGACAGACCUGAACCAGGGGGAGAAGAAACCAGAUCUAUCAGAACAAGUUCCCAAUGGCCCCGUGGAGUCAGUCACCCUGGAAAACAGCCCACUGGUGUGGAAGGAGGGACGGCAGCUUCUCCGACAGUACCUCGAAGAGGUGGGCUACACGGAUACCAUCCUCGACAUGCGGUCCAAGCGUGUGCGCUCCCUGCUCGGCCGUUCUCUGGAGGUCAACGGGGCUGCCGAGCCCAAUGAGGGUCCUCCCAGGGCAGCACCUAGUCCUGGGAGCCUCAGUGGCGGCGAGUCCCUGCUGGUGAAGCAGAUUGAGGAGCAGAUCAAGAGGAAUGCAGCAGGCAAAGAUGGCAAAGAACGUCUGGGUGGUUCAGUGUUGGAGCAGAUCCCCUUCCUGCAGAACUGUGAGGAUGAGGACAGCGAUGAGGACGACGAGAUGGACAGUGUACAGCACAAAAAGCAACGUGUGAAGCUCCCAUCCAAGGCCCUUGUUCCUGAGAUGGAGGAUGAGGAUGAGGAGGAUGACUCUGAGGAUGCCAUCAAUGAGUUCGACUUCCUGGGUUCAGGAGAGGAUGGGGAAGGGUCUCCAGGCCCUCGACGCUGUACCAGUGAGGGGAACCCUCACGAGCUGGAGAGCCGUCGAGUCAAACUGCAGGGAAUUCUGGCUGACCUUCGGGACGUGGAUGGCCUGCCCCCCAAAGUGACAGGCCCACCUCCUGGCACACCCCAGCCGCGGCCCCAUGAAGGUUCCUUUGGCUUCUCCUCAGACGUUUUCAUCAUGGACACUAUCGGGGGCGGGGAGGUGAGCCUGGGGGACUUGGCAGAUCUCACCGUCACCAACGACAACGACCUCAGCUGUGAUCUGUCUGACAGCAAAGAUGCCUUCAAGAAGACAUGGAACCCUAAGUUCACCCUGCGCUCACACUAUGAUGGCAUCCGCUCCCUGGCUUUCAACAGUGAAUACUGCUACAGUGGCGGCGCUGAUGCCCGCAUUCACAGCUGGAAGAUUCCAGACCUCAACAUGGAUCCCUAUGAUGGUUAUGACCCCAGUGUCCUGAGCCAUGUUUUAGAGGGCCAUGGGGAUGCUGUGUGGGGCUUGGCCUUCAGUCCCACCUCCCAGCGCCUGGCCUCUUGCUCUGCUGAUGGCACCGUGCGCAUCUGGGACCCCAGCAACAGCCCAGCCUGCCUCUGUACCUUCCCCACAGCCACAAGCCAGAUCAACCAGGUGGUGAGUCACCCAAACCAGCCCCUCACCAUUACUGCCCACGAUGACAGGGGCAUCCGCUUCCUGGACAAUCGGACAGGUAAAUCGGUGCACUCCAUGGUCGCCCACCUGGAUGCAGUCACCUGCCUGGCCGUGGACCCCAAUGGUGUGUUCCUGAUGUCAGGAAGCCAUGACUGCUCCCUACGCCUUUGGAGCCUGGACAAUAAGACUUGCGUACAGGAGAUCACAGCCCACCGCAAGAAACAUGAGGAGGCCAUCCAUGCUGUCGCCUGCCACCACAGCAAGGCCCUUAUCGCCAGUGCUGGCGCUGACGCCCUGGCCAAGGUCUUCGUAUGAUGCCCACCUGGCCCCGCCCAGGCCACUACACUGGCUGAGGAGCAGGGCUGGGUGGGGGUGCUGAGGUGAGGGCCUGCGCUGCCUCCUGCCUGGCAUUCAGGGGUGCCAAGCCCCAUGGUCCUAUGAGGAUGGUCAGGAUUGCCCUGGGUCCACAGAAGGAAGGCUGAACUUGAGGAGAGACCCCUAGGGUGGUGGGCCAGUCUCCUCCCUCUCCCACAGGUGAGGGCAGCCUCUCCACCUGCUGUGGAGCCUGGUGGUGCUAACUAAGGGCCCUGACCCGGGAUUGGCCUCCUGCAGUUCUUGUCCCACAUCCUGGCCUGGGAUGGGCCCUGUAGGAAUUGCUGCCGGGUCCUCAGACACCAGCUGCCCUCUCAUGUGCAGCUCAGUAAGGGCCGGAGUCUUUGGGGAUCAGUUUUUCCAAGAUACAAGAAGGUGCCAGGUUCUCCCCUUGACCCCUACCCCUGCCUAUGGGCACUGUGCUGGGAGGGUCCCCUGAUAACCCUCCUCCCUGUGGCCGUGGGAGCCUGCCUGGCCCACUCCUUAGCCCCUCCACUCUUCCAGACACUAACCUCCAGGGUCAGGACUGUGCCCCCAGACCCAGGGUGCCCUUCCCUGAGGUACAGGGGUGAAGUGGGGACCCCAUGUAGCUCCCUGUAUAUCUGUAUAAAUGGACAGGAUUUUAAUGAUGCCCCUACCCAUGUUAUCACUGUGUGAUAGUCUCUGUCUGUCUCUUGCUGGCUCCACAUUUUGCCUCUAUUUAUUUCACUCUUCGUUUGGAUUCUACCCUGUGCCCAACCCUUGAUCCCCCUUCAGGUUCCUGUUUAUAAAGCCACCCUCUGCCCUGAACUUGUACGUGAAAACUUGUCUCAAUAAACCCUUUGGAGUAAGA